AUGCCGCCACCACCUUCCACCACCAUCUCCACCGCCGCCGCUGCCGUGCUUCUCACAUUCUCGAUCACCUUUGCUCAUAGCUGCUCACCUCCACCGUCUAAAGACGCCAAAGUUUCAUGCCCACCUUUCAAAUCCAUACCCCCUUUUCCUUUCUCAUUCUCACCUGGUUGUGGCCACCCAUUUUUCCAACUCCAGUGUUCAUCUUCACACGCCACCAUUUCCAUCAACAACAUCUCAUUCUCUCUACUACAGUAUGAACCAAACUCCACCUCUCUCACUCUCUCUCCUACGCCGUUGUCAGCUCCGCCACCGUUUAACCGCCACCACAACUGUUCUUCUCCCCACACGAUUUCCGCCCUCAACAGAUCUAUAACACUCAGUGGUUCACCAUUUAGAGUCUCUGAUUCUUCUUGUUCCCGCCUUUCGGCCCUUAAACCUUGCCCGCCUCCAAAUCUCCCAAACUGCAGCCGCUGCUCCUGGGAAUGUAAUCUCAUCAAGAACCCUCUUCAACUCCUCCAUGAAUGUGGCUCCUCCACGCGCCACCGAGAAGACUUUCAACCGGAAUGCCAAAGCGACGUACUUGGAGUUCUUGAAAACAUUAUGAGAAGAGGAUUUGAAGUUGAGUGGGAUGAAGACCAAGACUCGUACUUUUCUAGCUGCAAAUCCUGCAGGGCCAGCAAUGGCUUUUGUGGGUUCAAUUCGACAGACCCAAAGAAACCAUUCAUUUGUUACCCAUCUCAAACAAGAAUCAAACAGAAAAGUCUAAAUCGAAUUGCUUUAUUAUCUAUAAUUUUCUUGUUUAUGUGUUUCUUAAUUUCCAUUUCUAUUGGAACUGUGUUCUUCCGGUCAAGAAGAAAAGCACUAAUGACUGCAGAGGAAGAUCCUACAAUAAUCUUCCUCCGGCGACACCGUUCUGCUAGUCUUCUCCCACCAGUUUUCACCUAUGAAGAGCUUGAGUCCUCUACAAAUAGAUUCGACCCAAAGCGCAAAAUUGGGGAUGGAGGAUUUGGUUCAGUGUAUUUAGGGCAGCUUUAUGAUGGUAGAAUAGUCGCAGUAAAACAUCUCCACAAGCACAAUCCGGCAACAGCUGCUGGAGAAGGAUUCUCAACAAAGUCAUUUUGCAAUGAAAUCUUGAUUUUGUCCUCGAUUAACCACCCAAAUUUAGUCAAGCUUCAUGGCUAUUGCAGUGAUCCAAGAGGCCUUCUCUUGGUGUAUGAUUAUGUGCCCAAUGGCACUUUAUCUGAUCAUCUCCACGGUAAGAAGAGUUUGUACCAAAAAGGGGCCUUAAAGUUAACGUGGAAUACAAGAGUCGACAUCGCGCUGCAAACUGCCAUGGCUGUUGAAUACUUGCACUUUUCAGUGGUUCCACCGGUAGUUCAUAGAGAUAUUACUUCGUCAAACAUUUUUGUAGAGAAGGAUAUGAGAGUGAAAGUUGGGGAUUUUGGGCUUUCGAGGCUUUUAGUAUGCUCAGAAACCUCAAUGGCAUCAAACAAUUCCUCUGAAGGAGUUUGGACAGGUCCUCAAGGUACACCGGGCUAUUUAGACCCUGAUUAUUACAGAUCAUUCAGGUUGAAUGAAAAGAGUGAUAUUUACAGCUUCGGGGUGGUGCUAUUGGAGUUAAUAACGGGGAUGAAAGCGGUGGAUCAGAAUAGAGAUAAGACGGAAAUGGCUUUGGCGGACAUGGUAGUGCCAAGGAUACAAAUGGGAUUGUUGCACCAAGUUGUGGAUCCUGUACUAGUGGUGGACGGGGAGGCAAUGGAGGGAGUUGGUGCAGUGGCUGAAUUGGCAUUUCGAUGCGUCGCAGUUGAUAAAGAUGAUCGGCCGGAUGCCAGAGAGGUGGUGGCGCAGCUAAGGAGGAUUAAGGGCUGCGGUAGCGGUGGUGGCAUGUUGAGGGGUUCAAAUUCUAGUAGUGUAGUUCCUGAUGGGGCAGUGCUUAUGCAAAAACUAAGCUCGGCUCGACUCGACUCAGGACUUAAUCCAUUGUGGCGCCCACCUCGUGAGAUGGCUAGCCUGGUAUGCAUUAGCAACGUCUAUUGCACUUUGGAGGAGCGACCGCCUAAGGUUGGCCCAAGUGGCCAAGCCUACGUCGCAAUAUGUGGUAGUGAGUGCCUGUUUUCAACCCUUAGUGGGGAUAAAAGAAUCAUAGAACACAGCAAAUGA